UGAGAAAUAACUAAAUAGUAAAAAAAUAUCAAACUAGAAAUGAAACUUGCGACAGCUACUGUGGAAGCUGAAAAUCAAAGUAACAGAAAAUCUUAACUGGUAGAGAAAAUCUGAAAUGGACGGUGAUCACGUGCUAGAAUUAAUUAGUGUCUUUCACAUGGGACAAGUCGCCGGAGGAUCGUAUAUCCAGAAAAUCCUGGGAUCCGCUCCUAUGGGGAUUAUUUUAAAAGAUGUAACUUUUGAAGUUCACGCAGGAGAAGUUAUGGCAAUACUUGGCUCAAAAGGGAGUGGGAAGAAGACUCUACUGGAAGUAAUAGCUCGAAGAGCUAUGGGACUCACUCGUGGUCAGAUUCUCUUGAAUGACGUCCCAAUGUCCAUCCGACUGUUCCAAGAGCAGUGUGGCUAUGUUCCAAAAAAAUUGCCCUUUAUUCCUGGACUGACCGUCCUCCAAACUCUUACGUAUGCAGGAGAGUUGAGUAUUGGAUCCAAAGUCUCCAACUCUAUGAAAAGAAGCCGGGUUAAGCAAGUUAUGACAGACUUAGCCUUGAAUCAGGUAUCCAACAGAGAGGUCAGCACUCUCGCUACCAGUGAUUACCGACGUUUGGCCAUCGGGACGGAGCUAGUUAAAGAUCCUGUUCUUGUGCUCCUGGAUGAACCUACCUAUGAAGUGGAUCCUUUAAAUAGCUACUUCGUCAUAUCUAGCCUAUCCAAUCAUGCUAAAAAGUACAAACGCAUUGUUAUCAUCAACAUGGACCAACCAAGAUCAGACAUUUUUCCAUUUCUGGACCGAGUGACUUACCUGUGUCUUGGAGAUGUAGUGUACACAGGUAGCACGAGAAUGAUGAUGGAAUACUUCCGUAGUGUCGGUUUUCCAUGCCCUGACCGGGAAAAUCCGUUAACAUAUUAUCUGUGUUUGUCUACUGUGGAUCGUCGUACCAGAGAACGAUUCAUUGAAUCCAGUUCACAAAUUGCUGAUUUGGUGGAGAGAUUCAAAACGGUAGGCACUAAAUAUCGCAAGCUGUCAACGCAGAAAUCCGGAAUUUUGAAAAAUGGAGACAACCAAUGGAAGCUACCUUUGACAGCAUAUGGACAGCCAUCAGGAUGGAGGGUGUUCACGGCUCUUACUCGAAGAUCAUUUGCGUCAUUAUUUAACGUCAACAACAGCGCCUUCGAGCGCCUUACUCUCCACGUGGUGGCGCUGCCUGUUUUCUUCACCAUUCUCUACCUGUUGUAUUUUCCACUAGAAAAUACACAACAGAGUUACAUUUCACGAAAUGGUCUGCUGUUCAACUGUCUAGUCGGAAUGUCUCUCCUGGGAGCAGCAGUCACAGCACGGACCUAUGGCGCGCAUCGAACAAGAUACUACAACGAGUCUCGCCAAGGCAUGUAUCGAGGACCAUUGUUUAUACUUAGUCGUAUCGUUUGUAGUGUGCCUUUAAAUCUUAUGACAGUCUGGGCUGGGGCAACAAUAAUUUAUUCGGGAACACGUUUACGUCAAGACUGGGAUCGAUGGGCUGCUUUUUGCGGAGUGUUAUGGGCGGUUUUCACCUUCGCCGAGCAACAGACCAUCGCUUUAAUGAUAUUCAUCCGCAGCUCUUACACAGCCUUUCUUACCAGUACAUGUAUCUUGCUGGUAUACAUAAUACUUGCUAGUGGAACAGUCAGGACGAUGGCGGCAUUACCAGAUUGGCUGUAUUACUUAAGUUAUGGAGUGAUCUACCGUUAUGCAGGGGCUUUUCUGAACGAAAAUGAAUUUGACCAAAAUCCUUCGUUAGUGAAUGCACCAUCUAUUAAUAUGACUUCCGGUGCGUCACUUCCUUGCUUCAACAACAACGUUCCAGGUGAAUGUUACUGGUUGAACGGCACACACUACCUGUCCAUCAAGUACCACUUUCAAAGGGAAAGUUUCGAACAGUCUUUACAAUACUGGCUCAAUUUUGGAAUGUGUUACGUGUUCGUUGGGGGCAUGUGGCUCGUCAAUAUCAUCAUUUAUCUACUUCCGCUUCCGGCAUUUAUCAAGGUAAAGUUUCGCGACUAAAUAACGUAGUGACAUCUUCUGCCAGUCGGUUCCAAUCAAGCAUAAUUCAAACCUUAAUUAUUUGGGAAUUAUUUUUAAAAUAAAGGAACAAUAUUACUAAUCUCAGAGCUACAUCUGUGCAGUGUAACAUGAACUUCAAAAAUCUAUAGACAACAUUUUAAUGUGUUGUUAAAUCUACUGAAUUAUAAAAAACUACGUCCACUUACCUAGACAUCUUUUGUCAGUGUUAUUCACUAUUGAAUUACGUAAAACUACGUCCACUAACCUAGACAUCUUUUGUCAGUGUUGUUCACUCCAUUGAAAUAAAAUUACGUCCACUUACCUAGACAUCUUUUGUCCGUGUUGUUCACUCUGCUGAAUUACAGAAAACUACGUCCACUUGCCUAAACAUCUUUUGUCAGUGUUGUUCACUCCAUUGAAAUAUAAUUACGUCCACUUACCUAGACAUCUUUUGUAAGUGUUAUUCACUCUAUUCAAAUACAGAAGACUACGUUCACUUACAUAGACAUCUUUUGUCAGUGUUGUUCACUCUAAUGAAUUACGUAAAACUACGUUCACUUACCUAGACAUCUUUUGUUAGUUUUGUUCACUCUACUGAAUUACGUAAAACUACGUCCACUUGCCUAAACAUCUUUUGUCAGUGUUGUUCACUCCAUUGAAAUAUAAUUACGUCCACUUACCUAGACAUCUUUUGUGUUAUUCACUCUAUUCAAAUACAGAAGACUACGUUCACUUACAUAGACAUCUUUUGUCAGUGUUGUUCACUCUAAUGAAUUACAGAAAACUAGGUCCACUUACCUAGACACCUUUUGUCCGUUUUAUUCACUCUACUAACUUACAUAAAAUUAGGUCCACAUACCUAGACGUAUCUGUUAGUGUUGUUCAAUCUUAUCUGACGCAGAACACUUAAAGUGUUUCAAUUUUUAAAUAAAAAAGUCAUAGGUUAUACAUAUUAGUUGAACCUCUAGUGACGAAAAACAACCGAUUUCAAAGGUUACACCACGUUAUCCGUGGUUAAUUGGCCAGCUGGUUUAUUAAGCUGGAUCAGGACUUUCUUCUAAGGGAGGUGUUUCUAGUUUGUCAAGUUAAAAUACACCUUUUAUCACAAAAGAGUCCUACCCGUUGAAAUUUGUUACUCUCCCCUGUAAAACUAUUUCAAUAUUCUCAGUAAGUUUCAAGCCUGAUGAUAGGCGUUGUAAAUCGAUUGUCUUGAGAUUUGCACAAAUUUUAAUACCUUUGUGAUAAAUUACACAUACGUAAGAAAAUAGACUAUUACAAGAAUUGUGAGAAGUUACGCACUAUGUUCUAAUAUUUUUAUAAUAAAAUAUUCAUACGAAUUUACCAAAAAGUAGACUAUUAGAAGAACUGUGAAAGGUUGAACAAAGUUUAAUAUUUUUAUAUUAAAAUGAUUCAUAAGAAAUUAUCA